GAAGGCGAGGAGUGAUCGGCAUUGUGGAACCGAGAUCAGCUGCCAUUAAAGAGCAGCCUUCGACCCACCAUCUCGGAGAAGAUGUGAGCGAGCGGACGAUUUUUCCUCUGGUCGUCUGUGGUGUAAAUUGUACGGCCCUUCCACCAAAUACCAAAUCGUCCCCAAGUUCGCGCAGAACGGGUUGACUUUGCCAUUGUUGCAAAGAUGCGAUUCUCAAAGGGAGAGAAAGAGUCAGCCGUUUUGCCUGACGAAGGAUCUCCCGUACAAUACGUAACAGGUGAUCGCGAUGUUGAAUUCGACGAUGAUCUCCAUAUCCCGUGUCCCAGCCACACAACAGAACGACGACUAGUCAAUAAGAUCGACCUGAGAUUGAUGCCUAUUCUCUGCAUACUGUACCUACUGGCUUUCUUAGAUCGUGUCAACAUCUCGAACGCAAAUAUAUUCGGACUUUCCAAGGAGCUGCACCUGACGACACAUAAUAAGUUCAACACUGCGCUUGUCAUCUUCUUCGUACCAUAUGUUCUUUUUGAGAUCCCAUCAAACAUCCUUCUGAAGAAAUUGAAGCCCAACGUGUGGCUAUCAGGAUGCAUGUUCAUGUUUGGGCUUGUUUCUAUCAUCCAAGGCUUAGUAAAGAGCUAUGGAGGACUCCUUGUGACUCGUUUCUUUCUUGGCCUUUUCGAGACGGGCAUGUUCCCUGGAUGCUUCUAUCUAAUCGGAAUGUGGUACCGCCGACACGAAGCUCAACGCCGCUACAGCUUCUUCUUCAGCAGCACUACACUUGCGGGAGCUUUUGGUGGGUUGUUAGCUGCUGCCAUUGGCAAGAUGGAUGGAAUGCGCGGCUACAGAGGUUGGCGCUGGAUUUUCAUCUUGGAAGGCGUUCUUACCUGUGUCGUUGCGAUUCUUUUCUUCUUCAUCAUUCCGAACUUUCCAGAGGACGCGAAGUGGCUGCGAGAGGACGAGCGAGCCUACAUUAAGGCACGCCUUCAAGCCGACCAAGGCAAGUCUGCUAGAGAACGAAGCAUCACUGUCAGGGAUGUUGGCCGCGUAUUCAAGGACUUCAAGGUAUUUCUCGGAGGUCUAAUGUACUUCGGCUUGAUUGUUCCUGCCUAUGGAUACGCAUAUUUCGCUCCCGCCAUCAUUCAAUCUUACGGAUAUGGUUUGAUUCAGACUCAGCUGCACAGUGUGCCACCUUGGGCUGCUGCUUUCGGUUGGGCAAUGCUUGUAGCUUACAUAUCUGACAAGCUCAGACACCGCUUCAUCUUCGCAGUUCUAUGCAUUUGCAUUUCGAUCGCAGGCUUCGCGAUAGUCGACGUGGUUCACAACAACAAACAUGUCGAAUACGGUGCACUCUUCCUCAUUACCUCUGGCACAUACUCGGCAAUGCCGAUCAUUGUUUGCUGGUUCAACAUGAACCUCGGCGGGCACCACCGCCGUGCUGUAGGUACCGCGUGGCAGGUUGGCUUUGGAAAUAUCGGAGGCAUUAUCGCCGUUUGGGUGUUCCUUGCCAAGGAUGCUCCGAAGUAUGUCACAGGCUUCAGCGUGUGCCUCAGCUUCUGCUGUCUCAGCAUUCUUAGCUGUGUGGCCUACUUCUUCGCCUGCUUCAUUCAAAAUAGGAAUAAGGACAAGUCUGUGCACGACUCUAGUCUGACCGAAUACGAGAAAACGGAGCUUGGAGACUUGAGCCCUGAUUAUAGGUAUCUACUCUAGAGUUUAACUGUUUUGUUUGGCAGUUAGAUGUUUGCGAUGUCUGUGGGGAAAAAAAAAACUAUCGAGGGAAUGAGGUUAAUUGAACACAUCUCACAACAAGUCUUGGGUCCAGUGACUAGGAUACGGGAGAAGAUAGAAGCUUUUUACUUUGACCAAUAGAUCUGAACCAGGCUUUACGAUAUCAGCUCACUGUCAUCGAAUCGUACGAAUGUAGGAUUAUUCGGAUCAGUAGUGAUAAAAUCUGAUGAAGAAUUCUGAAAUUCGAAGAUCCGUAAAGCUAACAUAUCACAAGUACAUUUGAAGAGCAUUCAUCACACGCCUCGAUCAAUUUCCUCUGAGAUAUCAUUA